UGUGUGAUGCACCUUUACUCACCUGAGGAAUUUCUGAGGACUAAGCCAUUAAGCCAGUACUGUAGGGCCUAAGCCUAUAUUCAUAGACUUGUGUAGUUGGUGUUUAAACAAGGUCACAUUUGAACCAUUCCUUGCAUCAAUCCUGUCUACUCAGAGCACAGUUGGCAUCCAGCAAGUCAGGUGGUUUAUCAAAAGCUGAAGCUUCACGUCUUCGUACUGGCUGUCUGUUGUUUAACAAGUGGCGUUUUUGUAUACACAAAUAUUCCGAAGAUGGGCUGUGAAAUUAAGAAUAAAAACUGUCCGUUUCAAAUGCAGUGCUUAUUUGAUACAGAUGCUAAAGCUGAAGGAUCUUUUUCUCUUCACUUUGAAUCAUCUCAGGGAGUUCAAGGACAAGUGGCUGGCUGUAGAUACAACGGAGUAACUAAAUGUUUUGGAGACUUCAACAUCACACAUAAUGGUUAUAACAAUGUCACCAUCACAGUUCUUGACACAUUUGGAAACACGACAGGAGAGUUUGGUUGUCAGAAAGGAAACAUUUCUAUGAUUAAAAAAUGCGCGUACCAUCCUCCAGAAACCUGCUAUACUAUUAGCAGUACCGAACCUGGAAUCGGUCAUGGUACGACUACAGAAGGUAACAGCCCUGCAGUUCCUGUUGCUGCAGUUGUAGUACCCAUCGUCGUCAUUGUGCUUAUCAUCGUCAUCAUCAUCGGCGGCCUUCUACUGUUAAGGAAAUACAGAUCCAAAACGAGUACUAUCCGAUUGUACGCAAUUAGUCCUGAAAGUAGCAUGAACUCUACACUAUACAACAAAUGUCCACUAGUCAGCGGGAUCGAGGAAUGUGAAAAAUCCUUUAUUGGGAGAGAAAACACAGGCAACCAUAAGAACCAAGCGCAGAUUCACCCUUCACCAGCUAGCUUCAGGGAAUUGCCGGCUGAAACAAAUAACCCAAUCCAAAGGGUUACACAAACUGACCAAGUAUUGACCAUCAAUAAACAGACGGCAAGUGUAGACCAGGAGGACACAUCUACUGACGACGACAAGAUUGGUAGCGUUUGUUCUGGGUCAGGGACGUCUCGGUCAUCCUUCCGUAGCAACACUUCAUCCCAGAUUGUUGACUCAGACGUGCCUCUCGUUCGAAAUGCUUCCGUGUCUGAACAUGUUCUGAAUAAGGUCUUUGUUCCUUUUCCAGGACAGGCCUGCUUUUGUCAUGUAACCUAAACACAACAUUGUUGAUUAUUAUUAUUUUUUUUGAUCCAAUUGCACGUGGAAUGCCUUACCUAAUUUAUAUUUCUUCCUCCACUGUGCGUUGAAGAACUGGACGAUCCCAAAGACUAAGGAAGAAAAACUAUUUUAAGAGAUUAUGUGGUCAAAAGCAAUGCAGAUCUUAGUCAAGUUUUUUUGGUGCUCAUGUUUUUAACAGUAUUCUUUCAUGAUAUUAGUUCUGCUUUACAAAGAAACUGCCCUUAUUACUGUCUACUGUAUGUACUCAGUCACUGUGUGACAAACAGUAAGGGCACUAGUCUCUUCGGAAGAUCGGGUUAAAAUUUCACCAGUGCCAGCUUAUCACUUUUUUAUAUUUUAAAUACAUUUGUAGCUUAUAAUUUAACGAAAUGACUUAUAUGUAAGUAUUAUGAUUAAAAGAAGUAUUGCUGACCAUC